GUGGAGGGUCCCAGGCUGCGGCGUCGGCGUCGGCGGCCCGCGUCCGAGGCUCGCGGGCGGCGGGCCCGGGGUGAGUGCACACCUGGCGCGUGGCAGGGCUCCUGGAUGUGUCACCUUUUCGCGCUGCAGCCGAGAUGCCCGGGGAGAGGGGCCCUCCACACCCCCUCCGUGGGUGUGUGGAUGGUGCACCAUGGACGAUUUUGCACUAGGAGAUUGCACUGUAGCAGAUUAUGCCUGGUUAGAAGACUGCCCUUAUGUGGACGAUUGUGCCUUUGCUCCUGAAUUUAUGCCCAAUGAUUAUGUUCGUGUGACUCAGCUUUACUGUGAUGGCGUGGGUAGGCAGUAUAAAGAUUAUGCCGAAAGUGAGAGAAACUUAGAAUUCGACAUCUGCAAUAUGUGGUGUAGUAAACCAGUUUCUGUCCUGCAAGAUUAUUGUGAUGCCAUUAAAAUACACAUCUUCUGGCCACUUCUGUUUCAACAUCAACACAGUUCUAUAAUAUCACGGUUGUAUCCCUGUGUGGAAGCCACCAAUUCUCAUGCUUCUGAGAUAAGUUUGAAGAAAUUGCAAUAUCUUGAGUUGAUGGAAGAUAUUGUGGAUUUGGCAAAGAAAGUUGUGAAUGACUCAUUCUUUAUUGGAGGCUUACUGAGAAUUGGUUAUAAAAUAGAAAACAAAAUAUUGGCAAUGGAAGAAGCUUUGAAUUGGGUGAAAUACACAGGCGAUGUAACAAUUCUACCUAAAUUAGGAGCAGUUGACAAUUGUUGGCCUAUGUUAAGUAUUUUCUUUACUGAAUACAAGUAUCACAUAACUAAAGUUGUAACAGAAAACUGCAAUAUGCUUGAAGAAUUUAAAAGGCAAAAUUGUGUGGAGUGUAUAGAGCAAGGAGAACUAAUGAAAAUGAAAGGAAAUGAAGAGUUUUCCAAUGAAAGAUUUGAUGUAGCUAUUAUCUAUUACAGCAGAGCCAUUGAAUAUAGUCCUGAAAAUCACCUUCUUUAUGGUAACCGAGCUCUUUGUUUUCUUCGCACUGGACAGUUCAGAAAUGCACUUGGUGAUGGAAAGAGAGCCAUUAUUCUGAAGAACAAUUGGACAAAGGGUCAUUAUCGUUAUUGUGCUGCUCUUUCUAUGCUGGGGGAAUAUGACUGGGCCCUGCAAGCAAACAGUAAAGCUCAAAAACUCUGUAAAAAUGACCCUGAGGGAAUCAAGGAUCUAAUUCAGCAGCAUGUAAAGUUACAAAAUCAAAUAGAAGACCUGCAAGGAGGAACAUCAACUAGGAAUCCAAUUAAAGCCUUUUACGAAAGCAGAGCGUACACACCUAACUUAUCAGCACCUGUGUUCAGUACUUCACUUAACUUUGUGGAGACUGAAAGAGAUUCCAGAAAAACCAACCACGAAAUGGCAAACGGUGGUAAUCAGAAUCUAAAGGUGGUAGAUGAUGCUUUGAAGGUAGAUGAUUGUGACUGUCAUCCUGAAUUUCUGCCACCAUCAGGUCAGCCUCCAAAAUAUAAAGGAAAACAAAAAUCCCGAAACAAUGAAUUGGAGUUCAGUUCUAGUUCACAAGGGAGUUUACCAGCAGAUUUGAAAAACAUCUUGGAGAAACAGUUUUCUAAAUCUUCCAGAGCUGCACACCAGGAUUUUGCUAAUAUAAUGAAAAUGCUAAGGAGCUUGAUCCAGGACGGGUACACAGCUCUGCUGGAGCAGCGGUGCCGGAGUGCCGCCCAGGCCUUCUCAGAGCUGCUCAACGGCUUAGAGCCUCAGAAAAUUAAGCAAUUGAACUUGGCCAUGAUUAAUUAUGUCUUAGUGGUCUAUGGACUUGCUAUUUCUCUCCUUGGAAUAGGACAGCCUGAGGAAUUAUCUGAAGCUGAAAAUCAAUUUAAGAGGAUGAUUGAACACUACCCCAAUGAGGGACUUGAUUGUUUGGCCUACUGUGGAAUUGGAAAAGUAUACUUGAAAAAAAACAGGUUUCUAGAAGCUCUUAAUCACUUUGAGAAAGCAAGAACCUUGAUUUGUCGACUACCUGGAGUGUUAACUUGGCCCACAAGUAAUGUGAUUAUUGAAGAGACUCAGCCAGGGAAAAUAAAGAUGCUCUUAGAGAAAUUUAUUGAAGAAUGCAGGUUUCCUCCAGUGCCAGAUGCUGUUUGUUGCUAUCAGAAGUGCCAUGGAUAUUCCAAAAUCCAGAUAUACAUAACAGAUCCAGACUUUAAGGGUUUUAUACGAAUCAGUUGUUGCCAGUACUGCAAAAUAGAAUUUCACAUGAACUGUUGGAAGAAAUUAAAAACAACAACCUUUAAUGAUAAAAUUGACAAGGAUUUUCUGCAAGGAAUUUGUCUUACCCCUGACUGCGAAGGUAUCAUUUCUAAGAUUAUCAUCUUCAGCAGUGGUGGUCAAGUUAAAUGUGAAUUUGAACACAAGGUCGUGAAAGAAAAGGUUCCUCCGAGACCUAUUCUGAAACAGAAGUGUUCUAGCCUAGAAAAGUUAAGACUGAAAGAAGACAAAAAAUUGAAGAGAAAAAUCCAGAAAAAGGAAGCAAAAAAAUUAGCACAAGAAAGAAUGGAAGAGGACUUAAGGGAAAGUAAUCCACCCAAAACUGAAGAGCAGAAAGAAACUGUAGCCAGUGUUGAGAGUUGCCAGUUCCUGGACGACAGGAUUCUGCAGUGCAUCAAGCAGUAUGCAGACAAGAUUAAAUCUGGUGUGCUGAAUACGUCCAAGCUCCUCAAAGAACUGCUUUCGUGGAAGGUUUUAAGCACAGAAGACUACACAACCUGUUUUUCCAGCAGGAAUUUUCUAAGUGAAGCAGUGGACUAUGUCAUUCGUCACUUGAUUCAAGAAAAGAAUAGAGUCAAAACAAGGAUAUUUCUGCAUGUUUUGAGUGAGCUUAAGGAAGUGGAGCCAAAAUUAGCCACCUGGAUCCAGAAACUUAAUAGCUUUGGUUUAGAUGCCACAGGAUCUUUUUUCUCUCGUUACGGAGCGUCUCUUAAGGAGCUUGAUUUUAGCAUCAUGACUUUUCUCUGGAAUGAGAAAUAUGGUCAUAAACUAAAUUCUAUAGAAGGAAAGCAACUCGACUACUUCUGUGAGCCAACAUCAUUGAAGGAAGCCCGGUGUUUGAUAUGGCUGCUGGAAGAACACAGAGACAAGUUCCCGGCAUUACAUAACGCUUUAGAUGAAUUCUUCGAUAUCAUGGACAGCCGGUGUACUGUACUGAGGAAACAAGACAGUGGUGAUGUGCCAUUUAAUUCUACCAAGAUAAAAAACAAAGGCAAGAAAAAGAAGCCAAAAGAUUCAAAGCCUAUGUUAGUUGGGUCUGGAACAACUUCAGUAACACCUAAUAAUGAGACUGUUGCUUCAGGUGAAGACCAUAACAGACGCAAUUCAAAUACUGCAGGCCCAUUUGUAGUGCCUGACCAUCUUCGGCAAGACGUAGAAGAAUUUGAAGCUCUCUACGAACAACACAGCAAUGAAUAUGUUGUUCGUAAUAAGAAGCUGUGGGACAUUAACCCAAAGCAAAAAUGUUCAACUCUGUAUGAUUAUUUCUCUCAGUUGUUGGAGGAACAUGGUCCCCUGGAUAUGAGUAACAAGAUGUUUUCUGAAGAAUAUGAAUUCUUCCCAGAAGAAACUCGACAGAUACUAGAAAAAGCUGGAGGUUUGAAAUCUUUCCUCCUGGGAUGUCCUCGUUUUGUUGUGAUUGACAACUGUAUUGCUUUGAAGAAAGUUGCAUCACGGCUCAAAAAAAAGAGAAAGAAGAAAAACAUCAAGACAAAAGUAGAAAUGUCAAAGACAGGAGAGUAUUUACGAGUUAAACUGCCACUGAAUCCAACUGCUAGAGAAUUUAAACCAGACAUGAAGUCCAAACCAGUGUCCAGUUUAUCUUCAGCACCAGCUUCUGAGGCUGUAAAGCCCAAACCUGGAUCUGCUGAUUAUCCUAAACCAGCCUGUGAAGCUGAGAAGCCGAUACCAGUAUCUGAGAAUUCUCAUAGAUCAGUUUCUGAGGAUGAGAAGCCCAAAGAGGUCUCUCCCAGUUCUCCCAAACCAGUCUCUGAGGAUCCAAGUCACCAGCGAGCCUCCUCUAAUUCUCCCAAACCAGUUCCUGAGGAUGUGAAAGCAACCUAUUGGACUCAAGCCCACUUGGUCACAGGAUUCUGUACAUACCUUCCCUUUAGGGGAUUUGACAUUACCCAGCCACCACCAACAUACAUAAGCGUGGUACCAACUUUGCCCCCCCAGUACACUAACAUUUACACACCUCUGGCCACUAUUUCUCCUGAAUAUCAGCUGCAAAGGUCAAUACCGGUGGUGCCAUCUUUUGUAGCCAGUGACAGACCAGAUCAAAGUGCUGCUGUGUAUUUUGAGGGUCCUUGUUUGAAUGCUGAGCAUGCCUCUGGUAACCACAUUGCCUCGCAGACACAGAUCCCUCAGGACUCUUUGGAGAUAUCAGUAAAAUCGCAGUGUGGCCCGGAUGAUAGUGAUCCAGCCCAGAGUGAGCCCAGCGUAAAUGAUGAUCACUGUGGAAAUUCUGCCCACAAGCAGGAAGCAAACCCAGAAAGGACCGAUGAAGCAACGAACAUUCCAUAUACACAGGUGGUUGCCAUACAGGUAUCUGGGAAUAUAGCUCAUCAAGAAGUCAAUACUGAGCCAUAUGAUCCUUUUGAGGCACAACAAGGAGAUAUUUCACAGAUUGAAAAGGAGUACCAAGUUUUACAAGAGCAGCUUAAGGAAGCAUGUGAAAAUUAUGAGCAGAGAAAACUGAAGGGCUCAGAAGAGACCAGGGACCUGGAAGAAAAGCUGAAAAGGAACUUAGAAGAAAACAAGAUCUCAAAAACAGAAUUAGAUUGGUUCCUCGAAGAUUUGAAAAAGGAAAUUAAAAAAUGGCAACAGGAAAAAAAAGAAGUGUUGGAAAGACUAAAAGCACUGAAGAAGAAAAUGAAAAGGGUUUCACAGGCCUCUGAAAUGUACACCCAGAAACAUGAUGAAAAUGAAAAGGAACAUGAAUUCCUUCUGGAUCAGUCUUCUGAAAUCAGUAAUGCUUUUACAAAUGAGAAAAUGAAAAUAGAAGAGCAUAUAAAGAAAGGGAAGGAGCAAUAUGAAGAAAUUCUUCAAAGAGCUAUGGCUGCAGAGGUAUCUGUGCUUGAAAACGGGAGGGAGAUGGAAACAUAUAAGUUACGGAUCAUGGAAUCACAAGCAGAAGGGUAUCUGAAGAACCUGAAACAAUUGAGCAGUGAUUCUGCAGCAUAUCCUGACCUGCAGUCUGAUGUACAGUCAUGGGAAUCAUUUCUUUCUGAUGUUAGAAAAGAAAUUGAGAAAGUAGAGUCUCAGUUCGGAGAACAAAUUAAGGCAAUUAAAAAUGGUUCUCGGCUCAGUGAACUUCCUAAAGUGCAGACUUCUGAGCUUUCAUUUCCUGCAUGGAACACAAUUCGCCCAAAGUCACUUCCUGAGUCUUCAGGUCGUGAAGAUCGGGGUCCCUCAACUUCUGCAAGUCAUGAGACUGGAACUGGCACAGUGGUUCCCAAGGAUUCAAGUCUGGUUUCUGCCAGUGGUCACCCAGUGGGGGCUCCCUCUCCGCUGCCGGCAUCUGCCCCCCAUCAGCUGGGAGCCACCUGGCUGCCGCAGUGGCAGGGCGCUGGCCAGGCAGCUCCGCCCGAACAGAGCCCCGCCGCCUCGGAGAGACCACCUGUUCCUCCAGGACGUGCUGCGCGCCCGAGCCCGUCUCCAAAAAAGCCAUUCAACAGUAUUAUUGAGCACCUGUCCGUGGUUUUCCCCUGCUGCAGCAGCACCGAGCUUGCUGGUUUUAUUAAAAAAGUACGAAACAAAAGCAAGAAUUCACUCUCAGGACUGAGUAUUGAUGAAAUUGUCCAGAGGGUGACGAAACACAUUCUAGAUGAACAGAAAAGCCAAAAGCCAAGUCCGGGACAGGACAGGAGGUCGUCUGAGUCCAGCUCUGAUGCUUCCGUGAUGGGGGCCGCCCAGGGACCGCCCUCCAUGAUUGCUGGACCAUCGCCCAAAACCCAGGGGCAGAGGACAGAAGACAUCCCUACAUGGGGUGCACAUUCCUGUGAAAUAUGCCAUGAGGUGUUCAAAUCCAAAAACAUGCGUGUGCUAAAAUGUGGGCACAAGUUUCACAAAGGGUGCUUUAGACAGUGUCAGAAAGGCCAGAGCACCUGCCCGGCCUGCCUGGACCAUGUCCUCCUGUCGGAAGAGUAACCUGCACUGUCCAGAAGAGGCUGCCGGCUGCCCUAGGCAGCUCACCGAGGGUAACUUAACCGGUUUGUUGAGUUGGAAGAAUAACAACGUACAACUUUGAUAUGAAAGGCAGACAGACAUUUGAAGAUUCUUUGUAGUGUGUCACAGAACUAGUAAAUGGAAAUCUUUAAUAGAGUUGAUAGUAAGUAAUUUCCCCACUCUGUCUACACACUUCGGUAACAGCCAAUGGUGGCUGAGGGUGGUGCGGAACCACGUUCUCACCGGGCUGGGCUGCCGCAGCGCCGCCAACAGGCUGCUCUGGGAGGUGUGUGAGCGCCUCAGAGCUGCACUUGAAUUCGUCACCUGUUCAAGUGCCCCGAUUACAAUUUUUAUAAGAGUCGGUGUUCCUGAAAAUAUGCCAAUAUUCUCCCUCUAAGUUUCUGCAUUUAAAACAUGGGCUUAAGCAAACCACAUUUUAAUCAUUUGUAGUUCAUGUUAACAUAUUGGCUGAAUUAGACCAAAAGAUUCCAAUCUCAUGUGAAACAUUGUGUGAUUUUGAUUGUUCAUUUCAUUAUUUUAUUUCCCAAAAGUAGAUUUGUAUCAGCCAAGACAUUUUACCCCUGAAAUCAAGGCUCCGUAUUUGUCACCCCAACCCCACCUUAGGAACUUACUCUUUGACCCCUUACCACUCUCCUUAGUGGCAUUUGUCCUGCUUCAGGAUUAGACAGCCAGUGUCUGGGCAUCUCUGUGUGGCUCACAGCAGGCACUGUGGGGACUGCCACCAUCAUUCCCCUUCCCUGUCCCACCACCAAAAAGAGACUCUUGUGUAACCGACCAUCCCAAGGUGUCCCUGCUGCACUCGUCCCAUGUGUGACGUUGGUGUGAAGAAAUGCAUGCACUCUUGUACUCACUACAGUGGAAACUGUUAAAGAUUAGUUCUCUUUAGUGACAGUGGUGAUGUAAAACAUGAAUUCUGGACACAUUCCAUUUUUCUCAAACAGGAAGGAACAAUACAUUUUUUCAGUGUGUUCUUUGUUCCCCUGGGAGUUCACAGUCCCAAGUUCAUGAGCUGAUCUGUGGCCCUCCUCUGCCUUGUUCUGUGAGAUUUGCUGUCUUGGUGAUUUAGUCCAUAGAUGCUUAUUCCCUAUUUUGAAGCAGACUCUCCAUGGAGGUCCCUAAAAUGUUGUCUGCAUGUUCCCGAUGCCUGACAACCGUCAAUAGUAAGAUAUGUAGGGACCAGUUUGUAGCAGCAGGUACAGAGGAAAACCAAGUAGCUGGGAAGUGAGAGAACAUGUUUUGUACUUAACUCAAACUUGUGCACACGCCUUUCACGUCCUAUGAGUGUCAAAAU